GAGAUAUUUGAUCUCUGUGACCUCGACAGAAGGUCGAUAAUAUUUUCAUUCGCUAAUUGCGGGCUCCAUCCCAUAAAGAUAUCAGACAUGUAAGACUAUAUGCCUAUCUGUUCUGGAGAAGAGGUCGUUAAAAGAAAAAUUGACGGACGACGGACGCUGCACCACUGACUAAGCUCACUUGCCCUCGAGCAAGUGAGUUAAUAGUUUAGUUCUAUAUAAUAGAGGAACAUAUUCUAAUGACUCAUCAGUUCAACACAUGUCAUGUUUUACCAACUGUUUUCAUUUAAAUCAUGCAGAAAAAUGAAAUAUUUACCACAAGUCUAUUCGUUAACAGAUGAGGAAAUGGUUGUGUUUAUGGAACAGGAAAAGUAUCAGGUAAAAGAGGGUGAUGUAGCUUUCUUACAGUGUACUAUAGAACCUAAACCAACUAGUGUCGUCUGGAAAAGGGGAGACAAACGUCGAAUAAACCAGCGAAUCCCUAUAAACAAUGGCAAAUUCUUAUCGGGUUGUCCAGCUGCUCCCACACUUAUUAUACGACCAGCAUGUAAAAACGACGCUGCUCACUAUCAAUGUACAGCAAAAAAAAGUGAAGAAAAAGCUCAAGGCAAUGCUGUAGAAUUAGAAGUUGAUUCGAUUGAAGAUAGGGGAAGCACCAUUCCGAAAACACACCGAACUGACCUUGAACCAGGUCCAGGAGCAGAAGGAAGGGACACUUAUAGCAAUAACAGAUCGAGUCGUUCACAUGAGGAAAGCAAUGAAAGGAAGCCGACUAAAGAUUCGAAUGAAGAAAGGGGAAGCACCGUACAGAUAACUCGCCUAUCUGACUUUGAACCAGGUCCAGGAGCUGGAGUAUGGAACAGUUAUAGCAAUAACAGAUCGAGUCGUUCACAUGAGGAAAAGCAUGAAAGGAAGCCGAAUAAAGAGCUUGCUCUUCAAAUAUUGCAGUCCACUUGUAAAAUGAUGUUUACGAUUACAAAUGAUAACGACAUCGCCAGACCAGCUUCAAUCAUAGAAAGGGAGUUUUGUGCAGCUACAGGCUUUGAAAAGCGAAUAGAAACAAUAGAAACAAAAGACUUUCAACAAAAAUAUAAACGAGUUCUCCUUGAAAUCAAGCCGGCCAAAAGUAUGUCAGAACCGCCUGCAGUCUGUUUGGCUGAGCAGUUCAAGCACUACGUAUUGGAAGGUGGAUUACAAUUAUCAGAGGAUUCAGAUACAAUUUUAGAAGUAGACGAAGCAAGUAUCGAAAUAACACCGGAGCACAAGCCUGAAGAUGGACUUCCAUUUGUGAGCUUUAGUAGAGAAGAGGUGUUCGUUUCCGACAGCGAGUCAGUCAUCUUGCAAACAUAUAUUAUCUCGUCACCACCUGCUUCGUCAAUCGAGUGGUUUAAGGUAAAAGAUGACGAUAUCCAGAGUGAAAUAGAAGUAGACAACAAGAAAUACUAUGGAGGCUCUGAAAUAGCUCCCUCUCUAAUCAUCCGAAACGUCGGUGUUGAUGAUGAAGGAUGGUAUGUUUGCCGGGCUACAAAUACCAAAGGAACUGGAUCCAGCAACAGAACGUUCGUUCGGAUAAACAAUGAUGUGAAAAUGGAGUUUGCAGAAAAAAGUUCCGGUCCACAGAUUUCUUUAAGGGAGGAAUGCAAGGACACGCGACAUCCGGUUGAUGUAAUAAGUACGAAAGAUCCCACACUCAACUGCUCUGAAAAUGUAAAAAUGGAGUUUGCAGAACAACUUUCCAGUGCAAAGGUUUCUUUAGCGCAAAAAUUGAAAGACAUGUUUCCUCAUUUAAGUGAUGACAUCUUGUAUGCCACAGUUCUGGAACCAAAACACAAGGAUGACUUAAAUUUAUGUAUUCAAUAUCUGUUGGAAUGCUGCGUGGACACACGACAUCCGGUUGAUGAAACAAGUACGAAAGAUCCCACAUUCGACAGUUCUGAAA